AUGAAGAUACUGAAGAAGCUGUUGAUUUUGAUGACCGCGGCCGUCCUAACCGCCGGACAGAGCAUCGACGACUGCCUCAAGCAAGACAGCAUAUCCUGCGUGCAGAAGACCCUAUACAGAACCGCUAAGGAAUUCUUCGCCAAGGAUAAACUUGAGCUUGUGAACGGAGUGAGCCUUGUGAAAAGUAAUGCCGAUGACAGGAGUGCCAGGUCCGGCAAGGAACUCGCGUACGAUCAAGAGAUAGACGCCGCUAACGAUAUCACGGAGAGACAAAACACCCUCGAGAACUUUAUUAGCGAUGAAGCUGGACAGCUCCUGACCGGUCGCAGUCUUAGGAUCAAUCUUGCACCCGCCUUUGAAAAAAUCCGUGAAUCGGCUCGUGCCAUCAGCGAGUCUGUGCCACCAGAAAUUCGUCAGGCCGUCGACGAGGUUGUCGAAGGUCGAGGCAAAAAGAAAGGGUUGAAAGCGAUUAUACCUCUCCUGAUCGCCGCGAAAGUGAAGCUCGGUAUUUUAGCGACUCUCGCGUACUUCGCCAUCUCAAUCAUGGCGAAAAAAGCGAUCUUCGCGUCCCUCAUUUCCCUCGCCAUUUCUGCGUUUAUCGGUUUGAAGGCUCUCUGGGCGAAAAAAGCCGCCUAUCACCACGAUAUUACCCCCUACAAUAGCGGCUGGAGCGGGCCCAUUGCAUCUGGUGGAUGGUCUGGUCCUGUCAGCGGUGGAUGGUCCGCUCCCGUAUCUGGUGGAUGGGCCAGCAGCGGCUCUUCCGGUUGGGAAGAUCCUCACGCUUACUCGCACAACCAGGCGUACUCUGGAUAUCACCAUCAUUAA